UACCCGGCCUCUCGGCCCACGUGUCGACUGCCUCCUCUGUGACACAUCCGAAUGUAUAUGCUACGUUAUAAGUGCAUUGACUGGACGAGAAGAGACGCUCACUGUGCAGUUACACUCGGCAUUGAUCAGAAGGAAGGAGGUAUCCACGGAGGUUUGCGGCUGUGAAGUCCAAGUCAUUCAACACAAUGAAGUGUUUUGCUUUAAUUGCGGCCUUGUUGUCUUUGGCAUCUGCCGAGAUUUUCUUCGAAGAACGAUUCGAUAAAGCUAACUGGGAGGACAAUUGGGUCCAAUCGACACAUAAAGGCGAUGAAGCCGGCAAGUUUGUUCUGACCGCCGGCAAGUUCUACGGAGAUGCUGAGAAGGAUAAGGGUAUCCAGACCAGUCAAGAUGCCAAAUUCUACGCCCUAUCUACAGAGUUCAAGCCCUUCUCCAACAAAGACAAGCCUUUGGUGGUUCAAUUCACCGUCAAGCACGAACAGAACAUCGAUUGCGGUGGUGGUUAUGCCAAGGUGUUCGAUUGCUCCUUGGACCAAAAGGACAUGCACGGUGAUUCGGAGUACAAGAUUAUGUUUGGCCCCGACAUUUGCGGUCCUGGAACCAAAAAGGUUCAUGUCAUCUUCAACUAUAAGGGACAGAACUACCUGAUCAAGAAGGAGAUCCGAUGCAAGGAUGACGUGUUCACUCACUUGUACACACUGAUCGUCAACCCUGAUGGCUCCUACGAGGUUCUAAUUGAUAACGAGAAGGCCGAAUCCGGCAAAUUGGAGGAAGACUGGGACUUCCUCCCACCCAAAGAGAUCAAGGAUCCCGAAGCAUCCAAGCCCGAAGACUGGGAUGAGCGUGAGAAGAUCGACGAUCCCGAGGAUUCCAAGCCCGAGGACUGGGAACAACCCGAGCACAUUCCCGACCCCGAUGCCACUAAGCCCGAGGACUGGGAUGAUGAGAUGGACGGUGAAUGGGAGCCACCUAUGAUCGAUAACCCAGAGUUCAAGGGUGAAUGGAAGCCUCGUCAAAUCGAUAACCCCGAGUACAAGGGCAAAUGGAUCCAUCCCAUGAUCCCCAACCCAGAAUAUAACGCUGAUGAGGCCAAGAGCCUCGGCAAGUUCGACGAGAUCUGCAAGCUCGGUUUCGACUUGUGGCAGGUCAAGUCUGGCACCAUCUUCGAUAACAUCCUCAUCACCGACGACCCAGCCAAGGCCAAGGAAGUGGGUGAGGAGCUUUGGGGCAAGACCAAGGAUGCCGAAAAGAAGAUGAAGGACGAGCAAGACGAAGAGGAGAAGAAGAAGGCCGAGGAAGAGGCCAAGAACUCUGAACCCGAAGAGGAUGACGACGAGGAUUUGGAUGACAUCGACGACGAGACAGAGGAAGCUCACGACGAGCUGUAGGUCUUUAUUCGAAACCUCCGGGAAAGUGUCCUCGCGCAACCUCAGGCCUUUUCCGUAUUAUCAAAUAACUACCACCAACCACAAAACCAUGAUCCUCAUCGCAUUCUUGGUGAUGAACGACAAACGACUUUUCAGAGUGAUGUCCUCAGCCAGUGCUUUUUUCGACUGCUCUACUUCAUGAUCCGGCGACCCCCUUGUUCUAUGAAAAAGCACACCUUGUCUGUUUUGAGUGUUUGUUAUUAGCCUCGUUUUCUAUUAAAUAUGAGUCUUAGCCAUCAUCCGGAGAAAACAACAAAAACAUUGUCAUCAUUUCCAUCCUCCCCACUUAAAACGUAGACGAAAACACUAAAGCAUAGCAACACUUUCUGCAGCACCAAGCCUCAUUCAACCCUCUAUGAUUAAUCCGAUAUUUCUGUAUCCGAAAUAUCGGACCUACUGCAUGGCAUUACAACUCUGAACUAAAGACCGACGCAUCUUCCUUGAAGAAUCGCUUGCAUUUCAAAUUAGGGCCUUCAGAAGGUACAUCGGUUCAUUUGUCCCCCCUCUCACCCGAGUUAUGAGUUAUGAAUUUCGGUUCGACCUGAAAGAAACCAAAUUUUACCUCUCUUCUGUCAAACAUUGCGAACAAGCUCUGAUUACAUUGUCUUGACUCCUUUUCAUCUCCUUCUCUUUUUGUUCGUUUGAGAUUCCUUUCGAUUUUCAAAAACGUGUGGGUCCCAUCUUAUUCAUGCAAAGAUCUUGUGCAAUGCAAGCAAAUUAUGAAGGACACCCAUUUGGCAUUCCGAUACAGAACUUUCAGUACAUGAGAUUUCAACGCCAAGCCUCGUCCCCCUCUAUGGAAUCCAGUUCUCAAUCUUUUCUCCCAGAAAACCAAAUUCAACUCGACCGACAUUUCCACUUACUCGAAACGACCAACAAGACGAAUUCCAUCUUCUUUAAGAUAAUAGAAAUUUCUUCGGACCUGGAACCACUGGGAAUUGGAUCUUCCAAGUUGUCGGGACUUUGAACUUGCGCCUGGUAAAACCACUGUGAUCAUAUCUCUUUUCCUAUCUCCCCAUUGUUCUUCGAUCGAUCCAAGGAAGGAGUCGGACUCGCUGGAGAAAAAACGAUAAUACUACGUAAAUGCACUCGAAGACUCCUUGGAUCCAUCCGUCACGUACGUCGUUUUUUUGGGAAAUCCACUUUUCUCGUCUUCAAACGCUGCACUGUACAUGAAGUAUGCAAAGAAAUCCACCACCCAAUCCAUCUUUUGAUCGCACGAAUUUCCAAUCUUUCUUUCCACUCCAUCCAUCGAGCAAUGCCUAUGGUUUGAUGUCCCCUUUUCUCCGCUGGUAAUGAUUUCCCCACUCUCGGUGUUAAAGAUUAAUUUGUUAUCAAUACUGCUUAUGAUGAUCAGGUCACACACCUUUCCCAACUACUCCUUCCUAGAUCCCCCCUCCCAUCCACCUACAAACCAAUACUUUCAGUUCCUCAUGGUUUCUCCUCUUUCAAAUGGCCGAGUCUUCGUCUGGAAAUUUAGGACUAUGUAUCGAUUGUCCACAUAUAUCAAUGAGGCAUUUUCCACGGUGUUACUUCCUAGUUGUCUGUGAAUAAAACUAUAGGGAACAACUAGA